CGCCCCGCGCUCCUUUUUUCAGCUCCCUUCACUCAUGUUUACAUUUCAUUCAAAGCUAUUUUUUAAACUCUUUCCGAUUGACUUUCCAGCCUUUCCCGUUUUAUUUAUCUCCCCCGUCCGCGGUCCGGUGCGGUUUGGUGGAAACCGUUAUUUGUGUUCACCUGUUUCGCCCUGCGUUCUGUGAUAAUGUGCGUUUUUAAACUCGGGCCCGCUCCUUCUUUCUCCCCCGAAACCGAUUUAUCUUCCGCGAUCGCGUUUCGCCCUCGCCACGGCGGCCGGCCAAUUGAUUCGAGACCGGUCUCAUUGAUUUCCGCCCCGCUUUGAAAUGGCCGUCUUGACGUUCUUCGACCAGCGCAUCCCGGCCAAAAAGAUCUACAACUACAAACAAUAUUACUGUAAAAAUGUGCGCCUCCAACAUGUGACGUAAUCGGUGUGCCAAUCUUCUAGUGUUCUAACAAGUGUUUUUUUUUUUGUGUGUGUGUGGGUGCGUGCGGGGGAUAAUGCACCUGACGGCCAAUACGGGGACGUCAGCGGCGACGCCUUGCGAGGACGCGGGCGGUUCCCUGAUGAACGACACGUACACCAAAAUGACGUCGGAUAUUCUGGCGGAGCGGACGCUGGGCGAUUUUUUGUCGGAGCACCCGGGGGAGCUGGUGCGGACGGGGAGCCCCCAGUUCGUGUGCACGAUCCUGCCGCCCCAUUGGCGCUCCAACAAGACCCUGCCGGUGGCCUUCAGGGUGGUGGCCCUGGGUGACGUCAUGGACGGCACCGUCGUCACCAUCCGGGCCGGCAACGACGAGAACUUCUGCGCCGAGCUCCGCAAUUGCACGGCGAUCAUGAAAAACCAAGUGGCCAAAUUCAACGACCUCCGAUUCGUCGGCAGGAGUGGUCGGGGUAAAAGUUUUACGCUGACAAUAACAAUAAGUUCCUCUCCACCUCAAGUAGCAACGUACAAUAAAGCCAUUAAAGUUACCGUGGAUGGUCCCAGAGAGCCUCGAUCAAAAACUCUAUUUUCUAUUCUAGGCCAGCAGCAGCAGUUCCAUGCCUUCGCUUUUGGGCAACGGCCGUUCCUGUCCGGGCAUUUCGGAAAUCCCUUGGACCCCCUCCAAAGGGCGACUGACCCUCUAGCCUUCCGGAUGCCUCCAAUGUCUCAGUGCCAAAAUAUGGGUCAGUUCGGGCUGAAUAACGGGCACCACUGGAGCUGCAGUACUGCUACGCCGUACUCGAGCUACCUGGGCGCGAGCUCCUUCAGCAGCUGCGCCGCGUCGGGGGGCUUCAACACCCCCGCCCUGGGCUUCACCGCCAGCGCCGCUGAGGCCCCCGUCCACGACAACUACUCCUCACCAACCAACGCCUCCAACGCCUCAGCACUGGGGCUCCACGACGGCGUGACGCCCGGGGCGACGGACAUGGACCAGCAACUGAUGUCCUCGCAGACGCAGCUCCAGGCGAUGGACUCGGAGUCGAACGGACACGACCGCUCGCUGCUGUUCCCCAAGUACGGGACGGCCGACUUCAUGGCCGGGCCGCGCUCCCUGUCCGACUCCUCGACGGCCGACUCGCCCGGCGGGAGCGAGGACGUCCUCCUCCCGGCCCCCGCCGCGGCGCCCCCGGCUCCGGCGCCCGCCACCAACGGCCACUUCCACCAUCACCACCACCAUCACCACGCCGGCUCCCACGGCUACACCUCCCACCCGGCCCACUACCCCGUGCUCCCGGCCUCGCUCCUCUACUCGCAGCUCUACAACUCGUCCAGCUCCCUCGGCCGACACGCCGGCGAAGAGGAUCAGCGCUGCGCCACCAGCGUCUCCCAGCACCGGGCCAACGCCGACCACUCCUCCGUCUGGCGCCCCUACUAACGGCUACCAUUCAUCGGAGGCUAGGCGCCACGUGAGAAGUUGGGAGUGAUCCACUGAACCGUUAAAAUGCACAUCGAGUCCCCUUAUACAAGGUGAUCCACCACAAGUCCCGCACCACAAACACCAGACAACACUACUGUGACCUUUGUGCGAAUUGAGAUUGAGAUUCUGUGAGUGCUCCUAGGUCGGGAGAUCAACCUUUUGGCAACCCUCAAAUUUUACGGGCGAGAAUUUGAGGGCUACUAGAGUUAAUUAAUCUAGAGUUUAUAGAGGUGGCGCGAGACUUCGUAGGAUCGCCCUCUAGAGAGAGUUUGAGAUCACUCAUGGAGUCUGGAUAUUUCUCCGAGGGGUAUAAUUUUAAUAUUAGUAUGCAUAAUAUAUGCACAAUACAUGCAUAUCAAUAUUCAAAUUACACCCGAAGAAGCGAGCCUUAGUUACAGCAUAGUUAAGAUAGCACGAAAAGAGACGUUCCUGCCUAGUUGUGGGCGAACUUUCGGCAGCGCCUAAUUAGUUUAGCUUCAGGAGAAAGUUACGCGUCUUCUUGAGGUUUCUUUGUGUAAGUUUUAUCAAUAACGUCACUUUGGCUGACCACCAACUUCAGUCUAAUUGGAGACCGUAUCAGUGAUGAAUAUUAGACAUUUUGAGCAGAAAUAAAGGAUACCACUGUAACAGCACGUUGGAGCCCAUUUUGCCUACUUUGUGAAAUGAAGGCAAACCGGUUUGUAGAUGUCUGUAGUACGUCUUUUAUGAGACGACCAUUGAUGAUUCCAUGUAAAAUUUCUUAGGAUCUCACUCUGGCGCGUCUGCCUAUUUCAGUGGAUUGGUGGACUUAUGGAGUUAAGGUGGACUUAAAGGUGGUUAAAGUGCGUGCGCAUUAUAUCUUUUGGAUUGUGGUUCACGCGCUUUAGGCGUAAUUGUGAUAUUUGUGUUAUUUUUUCAUGUUUCGUUAUAGGUAGGUAAUUUUAUUCUAAUUGAUUCCUUUUUUUCCUUUGACACUUAUUUUUCGAAAUCGGUCACCGACUUGUUACUAGGCUCGUAGUCCGGGAAAAUAGAACGCUUUCUCGGAGGAAACCAAUUUUCCCAGAAAAAUCAUGAUGAGCAACAAUAGACGGACUAAGAUGUCGAAAUCCGAUUUUAUAUGAUCCACGUGGAAAAACUUUCACCCUCUUCUUUCGCACAGUUCCAAUGUAACCAUCCUGGCAAAACUGUGCAUUUGUACGAUUGGUACAUCGAAAAAGGUGAAGUUGAUUUAACAUUCUGAGUGUAAAAAAACGUGUGCGAGAAGUUAUACAAUGCUGAAUU